GAUCCAAAUUUAGUUGAGAGACUCAGGUGCUCAAGAUGGAUAAUACGACCUUCGCUGCUGCCCACUGGGAAGGGGAAUCCAAUAACACAACGGCGAGUCAUCCCUGUAAACCUGAGGAGCUUGGCACAUUCAUUCCAAUUUUUCUGAGUGUGGUCUUUUCAGUGGGUUUCAUUCUGAACAGCAUCAGCCUAUGGAUCUUUUGGUUUGGAAUCAAGAGAUGGAGUGGUGGAAUGAUCCUGCAGUUCAACCUGGCUUUAGCAGAUGCCAUUAUAACGCCUGCAGCACCAUUCAUGAUUGCCUACUUCUCACUUUCACACUGGCCCUUUGGACAAUUUCUCUGUCAACUGAAGGUUUUCUUAUUGAGCACCAACAUGUACGGCAGUAUCUAUUUUCUCACCCUGAUUAGCAUCCACCGGUACAUUUCUGUUGUGCACUGUACAAAGAAAACUAUCCUGAAGGAAGAGAAGUUUAUAAAGAUUGUUUGUACAGGAGUCUGGGUCCUUCUAUUUGCUCAAGGGUUUCCAUUCUUUUUUGUCCUUAAAACCACUGAAAUGUACAAUGCCACUCAGUGUUUGAACAUGCAUCAGGACGACCUGAUAGUUUUGUACUUUGUGUGGAACACAGUAAUUUUAUGCACUGGGUACAUCAUUCCAUUUUUUGUCUCCAUCAUUUGCUAUGGUUUACUUGCCAGCUUCAUUGUAAAAUUGAACCCCAAUCAACUUAAGAGCAAACAUAUGAAAGUGAAAUCCAUGCAAAUGAUUUUAGUGUCCCUAACAAUUUUUAUAAUCUGCUUUCUGCCUGUACAUGUAUCCCGAACAUUUGGAAUUUCACUAAAGUUCUUUUAUCUUGAUCAGUGUCAAACACUGGGCAUUAUUGAGCUUAUUUAUUACAAAUGUUUAGCACUGUCAAGCUUAAAUUGUUGCCUGGAUCCUUUGCUGUACUUUUUUUCUUCAAAGAAAUUCAAGGAAUCAAUAAGAAAUUUUCUAAGUUCUAUAAAAUGUUGGAAUAAGAAACAGAACUGAGAAAUAAAAGCAAAAACUGUUAGAUAUACCCAACUGGCAGGUAGUGUCUGUGGAGUGAAACAGAGUUAACAUUUCAGGUUCAUGACCUUUCAUCAGAACAGUGGGGAUAAAGGGAAAAAGGUUGUAAUUCCUUAACCCGACAUAGCUCUUAUCCAGCAAUCUUAUGGCAUUUUACUGUGUGGAAGGGAGAUUUCCAGAUAUUUAAAUGUUGUAAAGUCAGUCUAAACUGGAGGUUGUAAAGGUUGUAAAGUGCCUAGUCUGAAGAUGAGAUGUCGCUCCUUCAGUUUGCGCCCUGACACAUUGCAGCAUGCUGAGGAUAGACAAGCGGACAUGAAAGCAGGACGCUGCGUUACAAUGACCAGCUAUGGGAGGGUCAGGGUCAUACUUGCACUUAGGGCCGGAGGUGUCCUGCAAAGGGGGGGAUGUUGGUGGUCAAAGAAUGACUAGGGUGUCCCACAGGGAAUGAUCCCUGUGAAAUGCAGACAGGGGGAGUGAGGGGGA